UCUUUAAAAUCUGAUAGUUCAUAAUUCAGUGAGAUAAUUUCAUGAAUUUUCAUUUUAAACAAUCUCAUUGAAUAACGUUAACCAGCACACUCUAUUGGUGCUGUUUCAAAGCUGGUUGUCUUUUUGAUGAGACUUUGUUUUUAUUUACCUUCAUAAAUAAAUAACAAAAAUUGGCCUUUUCUACAAACACCAAUUCUUUAUAUUGUUAUUCAAUCUUAAUUGUGUGAUUGAAAAUUUUCUCUUCUAUUUGAUCUGUUUACACAAUCACAAUUAAUUGUCCGUGUUCAAACUUGUUAAGAUUAUUACCCUCUCUCUCUAAUUUAUAUCUUUAAUUUCUAUCUACUUGAAUUUCAUUACACCCUUUUUCUUGUUACAUUGAUUGCUCAUUUCUUUGUAAUCACUUGAUUUUUCAACUGUGCCAUGGCAUUAAAUUAUUAUGCAAUUACUGAUGAUGACAUCAAAACCCUUACAUCUGUUAUUAAACAUUUAAGCAAUGACGAAUUGAAACAACUAUUAAAUGAUGAAAGUCCCACCACUGAUAUUAAAUUGGAAGAGUUAAUAAAAGAUCUUCCUCAAGUUCAAAAUCUCGAGAAAAAGAAGGAACUCAUGUUGGCCGAAAAUAAAAGUAUCGCUGAAUACAAUUUAUCAAAGGAAACAGCUUUUAGACAGUUGAAGCAAUCUUUAUAUGAAUCGCACCAGGAAGCUUUGGAGCUGAAAAAAACAUUGGAACGAAAGAAGGAUAAAUUAGAUGAAUACAAUAGACAAACAAGUCUUGAUAUUACACUGGCUCUUUUACAGACUGCGUCCGCUCAGGCUGAAGAAGAAAGUGAAGAUUUGGCCUCAUCUUUUCUCUCUAGUAAAAUGAAUUUAGAUGAUUUCCUCAAAGAAUACAUUGAGAAACGGAAGCUUUCUCAUUUACGUAGGAUCAAAACUGAAAAGUUGAUGGAGCUAGUCCGUAGUCAAUCAUCCAAUGAUGCCAGUUUACAACCCAUUCGUCAGGCCCCUGGUCCACCAAUGCCAUCUUCGUCGACCAAUCCUUUUGGUACGCCACCAUAUCCUAUUACCUCAACUUACCCAGAUGAUCUUCCAGCUUUCCCUUUCAGUAGACCAGUUCAUAGGUAAAUCAAAGAGAAAUAAAUCUUUUCCUUUGCCUUGAUUCUUCUAUACAUUGGCGCAAAAUUGAUUAUUCAAAAUUAACUUGAUUAACCUUUUCUUUAUUUUGUGGCCCUUACCAAUAAUGUUACCUAUAUUCAAUAUGUUCCUCUGAAUUUUCCUUCUGUCCAUUUAUCAUUUUUCUUUUUACUUUACGCAAUUCUAUCCCGUAAAAUUGUUUUAUUUCCAAAACUUGAACAAUUUUGUACAGAGAACAAACUCAUCUUUUGAAAUGAUAUUAAAUCUUAAUCUCAAUCAUUUAACUUGAUAA